AUGACUGAGAAACCAACUUGCAAGAAAUGUUCAAAGCCAAUCGAAGGUGAAGCAUCUAUCAAUGCUUUAGAUGCAGAUUGGCAUACUUCUUGUUUUACAUGUUCUGUUUGUGAAAAACCAAUUCAAUCAUAUUUCUUAAAGGAUGGAAAACCCAUUUGUAAAGAUGACUAUAAUCAGAAAUUCUUGGAAGCAUGCACCAAGUGCAGUAAACCAAUCUCUGGUUCGAAAUUGACUGACAAUGUCGGUAAGCACUAUCAUCCAGAGUGUUUCACAUGCACCACCUGUAAUGUAAAGAUGGAUGGUCAAUUCUUUGUUAGAAACAACGAAAUCAAAUGUGCACAAUGCAACGAACAAUUAAAGGUAUCAGAGAAGAAGAACUCCGGAAAGGAUCUUGGAAUUUGCUUUUUCUGUAGUAAAACAUGUAACACCUCCGAUGGUCCUGUCAUCGUUAUCAAUCCAAACGAAAGAUACCAUAAAGAUUGUUUCAAGUGUGUCAAAUGUAAAACUUUGAUUCAAGGUGAAUUCUACACACUUUCAGAUAUUCGUUCAAAGGAUUAUGUUUGUAUGAGUUGCAGUUAA